CGCGCUAUUUCCGGCAACAGAUCGAAGUCUCACUUUCGCCUUUCAUCCAGGUUGUCGCAUUUCCUGGGCCGUACACCAAGAGGAAAGACAAUGAUAUCAACUUUUCUAUGGCUCUUUGGCCUCCUAGCUGUGGUAACUGUGGCAUUUAUGGCUUUCCUCAUUCCAUUACUGUAUUUCAUGUCUAAAGCGCCAAAACACAACGAUUCUGUUCCUGCAGUUGAAAAAAUCAAGCUUAUAAAGAAAAACUCUCCUCCAUGCCAUAACAGAGGGUGGAGUCUAAAUACAGUAGCUAAUGGAGUGCGAAUAUGGAACAAAGUUAUUGACAACUCAGUAUCACAUAUCAGUGGUUUGGUGUAUGCCUGUUCUGUUACUGUUCCAGCUUCAUUGCAGGAUAUUAUGAGUGCAAUGGAGGACCAUAAAUGCUUACAAGAAUGGGACCCCACUAUACAAAAUGUUUCCAUGGUUACUGUGUCUCAAGGGCAUGACGUCUUAUCGGCAGCACCUGUAAUUCAGGGAUCAUCAAGUGAACUAUUUAUAAGAGCUCUUCAGUAUUUCCAGCAAGACACAAGUAUUAUUCAUUCAAGGUAUUGGAAAACAAUAGGUACAAAUGAGGGCUGGCUGUUUGCCACAUGCAUGCAGAAUGCCUUCCCUUGUGUGGGGUUCCUGUGGUACAGCAUACUUAUUUCCCAAUUAGAUUCAGAAAACCAAGAUGAUCCUGAAUGUGUAGUAACUAUGACAACAGCUCCAACAGGCUCACCUUUGCUCGGCCCCAGUCCUCCUCAGUUGCUAGCAUCUAGACUUGCUGGCCUGAAGGACUACUUUAUCAAUGUGAAACUUGAGAGUCUCAUGUCGACAAACUCAAUUAAGUGCUCCACUGAGGAGAUGCUGGAUUCUGUGGACUUUAGUAGAAAUCAAGAAACAGAAGACUUGACAUCGGGGUCAUCCAGUGAACAUAUAGGAAUUGGCGGAGAAUUUCUUGAAGUAAAAGAAAAUGAUAGCCAUGUCGUAUAUGACAAUUCUCGUACAGACGCGCUAUUGCAGGAACUUUUGCAAGUUUACAAUGCCCAAACCGGUACAGACGGAUGGACACUCAUAGGAACUAUCAAAGAGGUGGAGAUAAUGAAGCGGCCGGCUCAGUCCGGAGAGAAGCCUUUCGACACGUACAAGGGGGUUGGGCUCGUGAAUGUCCCCAUCCACUAUGUGUUGGCGUACAUAUUCCGCCUUGACUUCCGAGGCGAGUGGGACGACUUAUUUCUUAAAGGAAAGAUGGUCGAAUACAAGCAUCCAUUGGCCCAUUUUAAUUGGAUGGAGUACAGAGCAAUAUGGCCGACCAGCGGUAGAGACUUCUGUAACUACGUCGUCAUGAGGGAAGUCACUGAAGGCUUAUUCGCCGUCGCUGCACAGUCUACUGAGCACCAUGACUGUCCACCAGUCAAAAACCUUGUCAGAGCUGAGGUAUUACUUGGUGGAUUUUUGGUUCGCGAGAUGAGCUCCGAUCCACCUUGUUGCCAGGUGACGUACGUCUCAAGAGUCGACCUCAAAGGCAACCUCCCGCCCAGGCUAGUCAAUAGGGUAACGCAAUCCCAGCCUCAAGCCGUGGCUGUGUUGCGUGACAAGUUAGAGUCACGCUAUCGCAAAGAGGCGCAGCAAAUUGGCGACGAGAACAUGUCGGACCUGCAGAGUUUUGGCGUUGAUUUGUGGGUCGAGCUCAUGAAGGCCAAGGAAUCGCGGGCCAGCGGUAACAACACACCGGAAAUGAAGAGGGGCAAGCCAAGGACACCAGAAAAGUCUCGCAGGCGCAAAUCACCGGAAGUGAGAAAAAGGACCAAUGAAAGCGAAUCUACGUCUAUUGAUAGCGAGGUUCUAUCAGAGGAGGUUAAGCAAUCGCGUGAUAUUGAUGAUACCAGCAUGGAUAGUACCAGUAGUGUUCUUCCUGUCAACGAAGAUAACAUAGAGCUGCCCUUUGAUCGACAUGUUGUGGACUAUAAGACGCUAGGCAACCAAGCCGCUGCCACACUUAUGGGAGCGAUUGUCCUAGCUUCCAAAGUAGAGAUUUCUGUGACUGAGGAGCCUAAUCAGCAGAUGGGCAUGGAAGGCGAGUGGAGUUUUCAGAGCGUAGAAAAAGAUGUAGUCAUUUUACGAAAAGUCAGCCCAGGACAAAAAAUCCACAGUUUUCUUGGAAGAGGAAUCAUCAAGGUUUCCCCCAUUGCAGUCUGGGAAGCCGCAAGGAAUCACAUGACCAGACAUGUGUACGAUAAAACUCUUAAGAAAACAAAGAUUAUUAAACAAAUAGAUGACAGCUCAAAACUACUGUACAUGCACCAUGAGACAGCCCAGUGCUUUGUCAAGCAAGCCAGGGACUUCGUUCUACUAACAGUAGAGCGUGUUGAGCCUGAAAAGUAUGUUAUCGCAGGCGUAUCUGUGGAGUCAGCGGACUGCCCAUCAGUCAAAGAACUUGUCAGAGGAAAGGUGUUUGCUAGCGGCUGGGUGAUUGAGCCCGUACUUCAAGACGGUCAGCUGUAUUCUAUGGUCUCAUAUCUCUCGCAGAUUGAUUUUGGCGGGAUAAUGCCAGCUCGUCUCGUAAACUACGUGGCGCGAAGACAGCCGCUUUGCAUAGCUUACUUGCGCGAGUAUUUGGAGAAAUUCAAAGAGGACGAAUAGGCCGGGAUUCCUAUGGUACAAGGGAUUACGGACUGUCUGUAGCUUGCAAUGCAAGCUAUGCGAGAAAUACAGGUUAUACUUGCAAUGCAGGCUACACAGGCUAUGCAGACUUUACCUUUAGAUUAUUAUCUAUAAAUUGGGCCGAAUUUAUACCUGUUGAUGUUAGAAAACUAACGAUUACAAUUUCGAUUAUAGUGAUGCUUUAUUGCUUUGGCGUCGCCUUUUUCUAGUCCCUUCGGGUUGCCUGUGCUUGUAGCUAAACCUUGAGGGGGCGAGGGGUAUGAGUCAAGCUCGCCCACAUGGUUCCUUGACUUCACAACUGUUAUUCACCACAGGAAACCCGCUAGGACCUAGGCUGUUUUUGGCAGUGUGACGCUUUUAUGGGAGAAUGUGCAAGAUAAAAGUGUGUUCGGCCACAUACAGGACUUGAAUCGGACACAUGGUGAUUUAAAAUAAUUAUCUAAAACAUCAUAGCCCCCCUUUUUCCAUUAUCGUGGUGUUAUCUAGUACCCUCUUGACUAAAAUAACUAUCCAAAUCUAGUUACAGGAUUUACGCAUCGACAGAUUUUAACAUUUUAUGUAUAUAGUUCUGUGAUUUUAUGCUUUUUAGCAGUGAGAUUUAAUGAUAUGGUAGGAAGUGGCAAUGUAUGGUUAGCAAUCGGCUCUGCUGAUAAGGAAAACAACAAUAAAGUACUUAUGAUUGCAAGGA